GUUACAAUUUAAAGAGCUCAUGUUUUAAUGACCAUCCGUUGUUGGUUAAUUUGACUUUUUCUCGUUGAUUUUGUGCCAAACAAUUUACUGAUUAUGAGACGAUACGACACCGGAGAUUCACUCAUUUGGGAAAAUCGAAGUUUGACCUUCAUUGGGCAAGAAUGUCACAAAAUUCCUCUUUUUCUCGUCGAUUCUUUUGGACCAAAAGCCAAACGUUUGAAUCUAAGUUGCAACUGUUUGCAUACACUUUCUGGUUUGGAUCGAUUCAUCAAUUUGGAGGAAUUAAUUCUAGACAAUAACGAUUUGGAUGAUUCAGUUAACUUUCCUUACAAUAAUCGACUCACUACAUUGUCUCUUAACAAAAACAAGUUGGUUAAUCUCGAAAAACUACUCAAUAAAUUACUCAUCUCAUUCCCGAAUCUUAGGUUCCUAAGUUUACUCGGAAAUCGAGCCUGUCCUGACCAACUAUCAAAUGCCGAAGACGACGAAAAGGACUAUUAUAGAUACAAGUUAUUUGUGUUGUCCAAACUUCCAAGGCUUAAAUUUCUUGAUUCUUCAGUAUUAACCAAAACUGAGAAACGUGAAGCUGCAAGAAUUGGAUCUUACAUGAAGGUCAUCCGACCUGACGAUGAACUUUUCAAUGAAGCUCAAAACGAUUGUGACUAUUUACCUUAUUCACCUUUACCAGCAACCGAUGAUCAAGUAAUUCCUAAAGGAGCUUAUGGACGACUCAAGUAUAAAUACACAGGAAAACAUUCUGAAGGGAAUCGAUUCAUUCGUAACAGCCAUUUAUAAAAUCGUUGAUAAAACCAAUUGACUUGCGAAAAUUUGAUUUAAAAUCAACAACAACAAACUAAAUCAACAUUCAAUGUUAAUCUAUUUUUAUAUUACAAAUGCAAUUCAACCAAUUUGUAUUUCGUUGUAAUUUUUUUUUAUAUAUACACAACCUGAUUUGAUUUUCCAAUGGUAGACAAAUGAUAUUAUAAUAAUAAUAUUAGGCAAUAAUCAUCAAGAGUAAAGAUUGAUAAUAGAAAACAAAUUAACAAUUAUAACAACUAUCGAUUGAGAAUCAAUUACUUGAUCGUAAUUCAAUGUCACUCCCUCUAAACAAAAAUCUCACUAAACUGUCAUAGGAAAAUCUUGUCAACACCAAUGGUAUUUUAAUGGAAAUUUAAUCAAUUUAUUCUGUUAAUUAAUAACCAGUUAAUUUGUAUUCUCUGAAAGAAAAUUACAAUCUUCCAUUACAAUUAAACAUCAAGCUCGAUAAUCAUCAAUUAUCCUUAUUGAUAUUUGUU